AUGGGUGUGGCACUGCCAGACUGGAUGCAGUUACUGCAUUCAGAAAGUCAAGCUAGCAAUGAUACACUGAAGUCCGAAAUGGGCGGUGCGAAGUCCGACAUGGGCGGUGCGAAGUCCGACAUGGGCGGUGCGAAGUCCGACAUGGGCGGUGCGAAGUCCGACAUGGGCGGUGCGAAGUCCGACAUGGGCGGUGCGAAGUCCGACAUGGGCGGUGCGAAGUCCGACAUGGGCGGUGCGAAGUCCGACAUGGGCGGUGCGAAGUCCGACAUGGGCGGUGCGAAGUCCGACAUGGGCGGUGCGAAGUCCGACAUGGGCGGUGCGAAGUCCGACAUGGGCGGUGCGAAGUCCGACAUGGGCGGUGCGAAGUCCGACAUGGGCGGUGCGAAGUCCGACAUGGGCGGUGCGAAGUCCGAAAUGGGCGGUGCGAAGUCCGAAAUGGGCGGUGCGAAGUCCGAAAUGGGCGGUGCGAAGUCCGAAAUGGGCGGUGCGAAGUCCGAAAUGGGCGGUGCGAAGUCCGAAAUGGGCGGUGCGAAGUCCGAAAUGGGCGGUGCGAAGUCCGAAAUGGGCGGUGCGAAGUCCGAAAUGGGCGGUGCGAAGUCCGAAAUGGGCGGUGCGAAGUCCGAAAUGGGCGGUGCGAAGUCCGAAAUGGGCGGUGCGAAGUCCGAAAUGGGCGGUGCGAAGUCCGAAAUGGGCAGGUGGCGAGAGGCGGUGUCGCAGUGCGGUCGCGAGCCGUCAGCGCGAGUUAUUAGCCCGGCAGCCGCAGUCAGCGCCACGGGGCUCCGCGGCAGGUUGCGGGGACAAGGCAUCGCGUGGGCGGGACAGCACCGCGGCGGCGCUCCGCACCGGCUCGUGCCGGGCGUGGGAGUAUCCGGCUACACGCGGCCCUUCUCUGCACUUGAGGCGCGGCGAUUAACACAUGUAGCGGAUGGCUAUGAUUGA